AAUGACAACAGAGAAAAGUAGUCCAACUCAGGAUCAGCUGACUUCCAACAGUGGUGUGUAGUUCACAAAGUCCCUUUCUUAUCUCUAAGCCUCUCUCUCUCUCUCUCUCUAAGCCUCUCUCGCGCGCUCCAAAGUCUCCGCCAUAUCCAUAUGGCUUCCUCAGCUGCGACUAAACCCUACAAAAACCUCCAUUAAUCCGCUACCCUCCUCCCUCCACAAAAACCUAACCUAUGGCUUCGACGCCGCCGCACUGUUCAAUCACUCCGUCAAAGCCGUACCAAAACCACCAAUACCCACAAAACCCAAACCUAAAGAGCCAGAGCCAUUCCCACCGGCAAAACCGCAACUGGACCUCUCAGAAAGUCUCUCUCACCAAACCUUUACCCUCUCCGCCGCCGCGAAAUGCCUCCAAAACCGGUUCCGCCUCUUCUUCCCUCUCCAAAAACCCUGCCUUUUCAUCUCUCUGCCCCCUCCAGUCCCCAAAAUCAGAACUUGCCACCGCAUUUCCUGGCCGGCGAUCUACCCGGUUCGUCUCCAAGAUGCACCUGGGCCGCCCUAAAACCACUGUGGGUUCUCGGCACAGCUCGAUUGCCGAGGAGGCUCUGCAGCAUGCUAUUCAAUCAGGUAAGGACGAUGUGGGCCUUGAAAAUGUGUUGCUUAGUUUUGAGUCCAAGCUUUGUGGGUCUGAUGAUUACACGUUCUUGCUCCGAGAACUUGGGAAUAGAGGUGAGUGGGGAAAAGCCAUUCAGUGCUUUGAGUUCGCUUUGAGGAGGGAGAGGAGGAAAACUGAGCUCGGUAAAUUGGCGAGUGCAAUGAUUAGUACACUUGGUAGGUUGGGGAAGGUUGAGAUUGCCAAGAAUGUUUUCGAAACUGCUUUGAAGGCAGGGUACGGAAACUCGGUUUAUACGUACUCGGCAAUUAUUAGUGCUUAUGGACGAAGUGGGUAUUGCAAUGAGGCUAUAGGGGUACUGGAGUCUAUGAAAGGUUCGGGCUUGAGGCCCAAUUUGGUCACCUAUAAUGCUGUAAUCGAUGCGUGUGGUAAGGGGGGAGUGGAGUUCGAGAGGGUAGAUGAGAUUUUUGAAGAGAUGUUAAGAAACGGAGUGCAACCGGAUCGGAUCACCUAUAAUUCACUCCUUGCAGUUUGUAGUCGAAAGGGGCGGUGGGAGGCAGCUCGGAAUUUAUUUCAUGAGAUGUUAGAUAGGGGGAUUGAUCAGGAUAUAUAUACUUAUAACACACUUUUGGAUGCCAUUUGUAAAGGAGGCCAAAUGGACUUAGCAUAUCAGAUUAUGUCUGAAAUGCCCUCGAAGAAUAUCUUACCAAAUGUGGUGACUUAUAGUACUAUGAUUGAUGGCUACGCCAAAGCUGGUAAAUUAGAAGAUGCGCUGAAUUUAUUUGACCAGAUGAAAUAUUCGGCUAUUGGUCUUGACAGAGUUUUGUAUAAUACAUUGUUUUCCAUUUAUGCGAAGCUGGGUAAGUUGGAGGAGGCAUUGAAUGUUUGCAGGGAGAUGGAGAGUUCUGGGAUUAUGAGGGAUGUGGUGUCUUAUAAUGCACUUCUAGGAGGGUAUGGGAAGCAAGGGAAGUAUGAGGAAGUCGAAAGGUUGUAUAACGAGAUGAAAGAAGAACGUCUAACUCCUAAUUUACUAACUUAUUCAACAUUAAUUGAUGUCUAUUUGAAAGGUGGUUUGUAUGACAAGGCAAUGGAGGCUUUUACAGAGUUUAAGCAGGCAGGAUUAAAGGCUGAUGUUGUGCUUUACAGUGAACUAAUAAAUGCUUUGUGCAAAAAUGGCUUGGUGGAAUGUGCUGUUUCUUUGCUUGAUGAGAUGACAGAGGAAGGGAUCAGGCCUAAUGUUGUCACUUACAAUUCUAUAAUUGAUGCCUUUGGUCGCCCAGCAGCAUCAGAAUCAACACUUGAUGCUGCUAGUGAAGGAAAUGAGCUGCAGACUGAGUCUUCAGUUUCAAUUUCUGAGGAUGCUAUUGGGAUUAAAAUGGGAGAUGAGGUGGAUAACCAAAUUAAAAAAAUGUUGGGACAACUCGCUUUUGACAAAGAAGACCAUGGAAAGAAAGACAAUAAGGGUGGACAAGAAAUCUCAUGCAUUUUGGGUGUCUUUAAAAAGAUGCACGAGCUAAAUAUCAAACCAAAUGUGGUCACUUUCUCAGCAAUCUUAAAUGCUUGCAGCCGCUGUAAUUCAUUUGAAGAUGCCUCAAUGUUGUUGGAGGAGCUCCGAUUGUUAGAUAACCAGGUCUAUGGUGUUACCCAUGGACUUCUUAUGGGCGACAGGGAAAAUGUAUGGGUUCAAGCUCAAUCUCUGUUUGAUGAAGUAAAGCAGAUGGACUCUUCGACUGCAUCUGCCUUUUACAAUGCUCUGACUGACAUGCUUUGGCACUUUGGUCAGAAACGAGGAGCCCAGCUGGUUGUGCUUGAAGGGAAACGCAGAAAUGUAUGGGAAAGUGUGUGGUCUAAUUCUUGCCUAGAUCUGCAUCUGAUGUCUUCAGGGGCUGCGCGGGCAAUGGUUCAUACAUGGUUACUCAAUAUACGCUCUGUAGUGUAUGAGGGCCAAGAAUUGCCAAAGCUAUUGAGCAUUUUGACUGGAUGGGGAAAGCAUAGCAAAGUAGUUGGAGACGGUGCUCUAAGACGAGCAGUCGGGGCACUUCUCACCAGCAUGGGUGCACCCUUUGAGAUUGCCAAGUGCAAUUUAGGCAGAUUUAUCUCAACGGGACCAUUGGUGGCGGCGUGGUUAAAAGAAUCUGGCACACUCAAGGUUCUAGUUCUUCAUGACGACAGAAAAUAUCCAGAGAGUGAAAAGUUAGAACAAGUCUCCAAUUUGCGAACGCUCUCCUUGUAGUCGUUUGUAUCAUGUUGCUUCAUCUUGUAUCCAUUUUUUCUUUUACCUGUUCAUAAUGUAAUCUGUACAAGUGAUAUGUCAAAGAAGACGUUGGAACUCUC